CAACUUAACUUAAGAAGCAAUAUAUAUUUAACCAUGGCAACUACUUCUCACGUGUCUCUCUUCCUACUCCUCGCCCUUGUCUCACUCACACCUUCCACAUCUGCAUCCCGAAACUUAAGCUUAAACUUACACCAACUUCUCCAACUCCUUGGAUUUCCGCCCGGCCUUAUACCUGAUCCCGUCGAAUCUUUCACUAUAGCCCCCGCAGGACUUUUUCCACCCACCUUCAGCUUCACCGUCAACUUUAAGGAACCAUGUUACGUACAGUACGUAUACCUCAAUUACUUCGCCCCGGUGUUUACCGGAAAGAUCACCUACGGUAAAAUUACCGGGAUGGUAGGCCAUAAGGAUCAACUCCCGUCUACAGGCGAAUGGACAGAUAUGUACGACGUCACAGUGGCUGGCGACAAGCUCUUGUUCACAUUUGCGACUGCAAAUAUAUCGUACGAUAGAGCGCUGUUUGAGGAGGUUAAGACUUGCACAUAUGGUCCUCUUCUUGAUAAUCACUCUAACCAACUCAUCUCUCAGCUUCCAAUCAGUGCAGAAUAAGUUAGUGAUCAUGAGAUCAACAUUGAUGUUUUGAAGUUGGGAAGUCGGGGGACAAUAGCUAGCUUUUUCAAGUGUGUUGCAUGAAUAAAGAUUAGGUUAUGAACCUGUUUCAUUUUAAGAUUUCGGUUAUGUGUUGUAUGAAUGAAUCAUUAAUAGCUUUUUCAAGUGUGUUGUAUGAAUAAAGUUCAGGUUAUGAACCUGUUUUCGUUUUAAGAUU